AUGAAUGCUUUAAUUCGUUUACUGAGUUUGUAUUUAUGUGAAUUUGUUCGUGCGCAACCCAAAUUUUCAAGAAACGGGUUAGAACAAUUACAGGUCGAUUGUGCAUAUAUGCGACAAAAGCUUUGGGCACAUGCUGGGGAUGAACAUAUGCUUAAUAUGUCGAUUGAAGAUGUUGUGACGGCUGCUGUGAAUCAAUGUGCCCAACCAAAAUUAUUAGACCCUUCUGUUGUAAGAGCUAUAUGUGAAGAAAAUUGA